AUGUCUCGCCCAGGCCUCGAGCAUCGCCCUUCCAGCAUUGCGGCUGCAAACAAGACCAUCGUCUUGGUGACAGGAGGCAAUGCCGGCAUUGGCUAUGAAAUCGUCAAAAAGCUGGCGACGGAAAACCCUGAUUUCCAGGUUCUCAUGGGUUGCCGGGACACGCGCAAGGGCGAAGACGCAGUAGCAAGCAUGGGCGCCCCGACCAACGUCAACCCAAUCCAGCUCGACAUUACCGACGACGAGUCGAUUGAGCACUGCUUCCUGGCCAUCGAGCAAAACUUUGGGAAGCUUGACAUUCUGAUCAACAACGCCGCCACAGCGGCACAGCAUCUACCGCCCACUGCCAGUCUACGCGAAAAGUUCGAUGUCACGUUCAACGUCAACGUUACCUCAACCGCGGUGUUGACGGACAGACUGCUUCCUCUGCUGGAGAAGUCAAAGCUGCCCAAGAUCAUCUUCGUUUCCUCGGGUGUCGGCAGUAUCACCGACACCCUGGAAAAAGGCCCUCCUUGGGACGGCAUUUGGUACAACUCCAGCAAAACCGCCCUCAAUGCCAUCAUGGCUUUCUACGCAAAGAAGCAUCCAACCUGGAAGGUCAACGCCAACGUCAUCCUAAGCACGGAGCAACGAGGGUGGCAGAACUGGUGGCUGAGGGACCAGGAGGGGUGA